GAUCGAUCGUCGGUGUGUGAGAGAGGAGUCGGACAUUUUGGCAUCGAGCGAGUAAAACUUUAUUUUAACCUUAAACUUUAUCUCAUGAUGUCAGGUUUAAACUCAGGUAUUCUGUGAAAAUACCAACAGAAUCAGACUUUUAUCACCAUUAAAGUGUCGGAUCAUCUGACCUUGAGAACACAGACAUGCCCGCUGUGACUGUGUGGCUCUGCUCCACGUUGCUGUUUGUCGGAGUCUUCCUGUUUGUCUCUGCAGAUCAGACAAACAUCACAGCUGAGUCUGGACAGAACAUCACUCUGACAUGUCGAGCUCCAAACAACAACAUCAUAGUGUUAGAGUGGACGAGAGCUGAACACGGAGCUAAUUAUGUCUUUUUGUACCGGGAUGGGCGUUUUGAUCCAGCCAACCAGGAUCCAUCUUUUAAGAAUCGGGUGGAUCUGCAGGACAGACAGAUGAAGGAUGGAGACGUGUCUUUGAUUCUAAGGAAUGUGAACACUGCUGAUACUGGAACAUACAAAUGUCAUGUCUUCAUGAGAGAAACACGCUUAUGGCAGCUCAGCUUCAUCUACCUGACUGUUGUUGAUCCUCCAGACCAGAAAACCAUCACAGCUGAGUCUGGACAGGACGUCACUCUGACAUGUCGAGUUCCAAACAACAACAUUGCAAAGUGGAGCAGAGCUGACCUGGAGCCAGAAUAUGUGCUUUUGUACCGGGAUGGAUACUUUGAUCCAGCCAACCAGCAUCCAUCUUUUAAGGAUCGGGUGGAUCUGCAGGACAGACAGAUGAAGGAUGGAGACGUGUCUUUGAUUCUGAAGAAUGUGACAAUUAAUGAUAGUGGAACAUAUGAGUGUCGUGUUUUCAUUGAAGAAACACGCUCAUGGAAGAACAGCGUCAUCAUCUACCUGACUGUUGUUGAUCCUCCAGGUCAGCCAAGAGGACACAGAGAGGAUCGAGGGAACACAGAUGCAGUGAAAAAGGAUGGAUCUGACGGACUGAUUGUUGGUUUGUCCCUUUGUGCUGUGCUUCUUGUUGCUGUUUUUGUUUUUCUGAUCUACAGAAAACAGUGUCGAGAUUCAAAUGAGCGUCCUGCUGAGAUUGCAAUACCUCUUCAAACUUAAGAUCAUCUCUCAUGAAAAUAAGAUUGUAUUAUAUUGUUGUGGUGGGAUGUGCUCAGGUGGGCCAUGGCAGGGGAGGCAGAUGCACCUGAGCGGCUUACAGUCUGAAUUGUCUGUGUUGUUGUUGUUGGGGAAGUAUUCAGCUGUAAGCUGGAAAACUAAAGCUCUGUGUUUGUGUGAAAAGUGACAGCAACCAAGAGUAAUGAAUGAAUGCUGAAAAGCAUUAAUUCGUCGACAGGUCAGCCAAGGGAUGAGCUGGCCCAAAUUAUGGACAUGUUGAGGGAGCAGGACGAGACUGAGUGCCACACUCAGACAAUCGAGCAGCUGGCAGCUCAGAUCGGUUCCUGGCUGGUGCUGCCACCUGCAACCCUUGACCGCAGAGGGAGUUGCAGAAGGCAGAGUGGCAAGAAGAAAGCCAUUGUUAACAGAAAACCAUAAGAAGUCCCGUUUGCAGUUUGCCACAAGCCAUGUGGGGGACACAGCAAACAUGUGGAAGAAGGUGCUCUGGUCAGAUGAGAC